AUGGCCGACGCAGUGGCGCAAACCAUCGACGCAGCUCCCCAAGCCGGUCAGCAUAUAUCCCACGAAGGCAAAGAAUAUACCACCAUCAAGGAAGGCCUGGCGCAUAUUCUUGUCCCACAUGGCGUACCCACCUCGACCGAUCCAAAACUGUCCAAGGAAGAGACCCAGAAGCAACAGGUCUUUUACAACCCCAUUCAACAGUUCAAUCGUGAUUUGAGCGUUUUGGCCAUCAAGACAUUUGGUGAGGAUUCUAUACGGCGGAAAUUGAACAAGCAUGAACAGUUCAGGAAAAAGAACGAGCGCAAGAAACAGCGCGCCCAAGCGAGUCGGGCAGCAGGAGAUGCGGCGGAACCUAAUACUACGGGUCCUUCCAAGAAGCAGAAAACCGCCCCAAACGGGAGCGAGGAAGAAGUGGAGAGCGGAGAAAAAACAUCCUGGAAACCACCCUUUAGUAUCCUGGACGCACUAUCUGCUACCGGUCUACGUGCUCUCCGAUACGCCAAGGAGAUUCCCUUCGCAACCGCUGUCACUGCCAACGAUAUGUCUCCCAAGGCGGUAGAGUCGAUCAAGCUCAACGUCAAGCACAAUAAGCUGGAGGACACCAUUACGGCAAAUACAGGCAACGCUAUAGCCUACAUGUACAGCUUCUGCGACAAAAAGGGCUACGAUGUCAUUGACCUUGAUCCAUAUGGCACUGCCGCUCCUUUUAUCGAUGCCGCUAUUCAAGCCGUCAACGACGAUGGACUGCUCUGCGUCACCUGUACCGAUUCGGCCAUAUUUGCGUCACAUGGAUACCUGGAAAAGACUUACUCGCAGUAUGGCGGCCUGCCCUUCAAGGGCGAGCCAUGCCACGAGGGUGGACUGCGCUUGAUCUUACAUGCCAUAGCAUCCUCAGCUGGCCGCUAUGGCAUGGCUGUUGAGCCUUUACUGUCCCUCUCCAUCGACUAUUACAUUCGAGUCUUUGUGCGAGUGCGAAAAGCGCCCAAUGACGUAAAGCUACUCGCUGGCAAGACGAUGCUCGUAUACCACUGUGAAAGCGGUUGUGGCGCAUGGUCUACACAGUUUCUGGCACGGAACAAGGUCACCAAGAACAAAAACGGCGACCCGAUGUAUAAACAUGGCUUUGCACAGGGACCCUCCGCGGAUCAGCAUUGCGAGCAUUGCGGACACAAGACCCACCUCUCGGGACCAAUGUACGGUGGCCCGCUGCACAACGUUGGCUUCAUCGAAAGAGUACUAGCGCAGCUCAAUGAGGCCGACCGGCAGACGUACCCGACAAUGGAUCGCAUAGAGGGCAUGUUGCACACGGCGUUGGAGGAAAUCACGUUUGGAGCAAAGCUAGAAAAGUCGAAUGGUGCACAAAAGACUGAGGUUCUGGAUCCCCUUAUUCCCAAGGCCGAUCCUGCAGAAAUAGAUCACCAUCCCUUCUUUUUCAUACCCAGCGCAGUUGCCAAGGUGGUUCAUUGUUCCGCUCCGCCGUUAGCAGCACUACGGGGAGCGCUACGACAUGCAGGGUUUAGGGUGACGAUGAGCCAUUGCAAGCCAGGAUCGAUCAAGACGGAUGCGUCGUGGAAAGACAUUUGGCACGUAAUGCUUGAAUGGGUGCGGCAACGAGCACCGCUCAAAAACCCAAUCAAGACAGGAAGCCCGGGACAUGCCAUUAUGGAAAAGGCCAGUGGAACCGGCUAUACCAGAAGCAUCCCUCCAGAGUCAGCGCCUGCCGACUCGGCGCCAACAGCGCAAGAAGAUGCCGAGAUGGCCGAUGGUGGCCCAGAGACAAACGGGGCCACGCAGCUGCCAGCUUACCUCGAGACCAAGUUCGAAGUCAAUUUUGACGAAAAGCUGGGUAGGGAUCAUGACCGGGGAAAGUACGUCCGCUACCAGCUUGCUCCACGCGAAAACUGGGGCCCAAUGGCACGCGCAAAGUGA